AUGACUGCACAGGCCGAUCCGACGACCCGCCAUGCAGCCGUACCAGCCGGUCACGCCAGCGCCAGCUCGCACGGAGCGUCGACCUCGGGUCCUGUGGGGAGAAGCGCUGGACAGACGGAACUCGACUUUGAGGACGGCCCGCUGUACCGUGCACACCUCGCCUCACACGAGCGACGAGCGAAAAACCUUCGCGCGGCGCUCAAGAAGUUGCAGAAGUCGCUCGACGCCUCGCUCGCCGCGCUCGAGGCUAACGCGAAUGCGCAGCGUUCGGUCGACGAGGCACUCGAGGAGCUCUCGGCGGGUAGUAUGACGAGCCAGAGUGAUACGCUGGGCGGGUUGUACGAGCGGGAGCUCAUGGCAUCCAGGGCAAAGACUCGGGACAACGUCAAGAAGGAGUUGGAUCGCGGGAGGGAGAUGAGCGAGCGGGUCAAAGGCGCUGUCGAGCGCAUCAAGGCUCUAGAGGAGCGGAAAAGGGGCUUUGAGGUGGAUGCGAAGCGGUACUACGACGACUUGGCCAAGUAUCUCUCCCGCGGUGACUCCGACACCGCGAAGAUCGCAUCGCUCGAUGCCAAGCAAGCCGAGCGUGCAGCUACCUUUCGACAACUCCGCAUCGACUACUUCUCCUUCGUCGAGGGUCUCGUCGAAAGCGAGGAACGCGCGGUAGCGACGUGGUUGCGGACGUGGGCGAGUGUUCGAGAAGCGCAGGUGCCGAACGAAGAUGGGAGGGAGGCGAGCCUCAGGGCGCUGGAAGGGCGGAAGGCGUCGAACGGCUACUCGCCAGGUCUAGGCGACCUCCCCGACUACCUCGUUGACGCCAUCUCCUCACCGUCGUCGAAUGGAGCGGAAUUGCGGAGCGACGACGGCCAUUCAGCCGCGCCUACUUCGCUACACUCGGCGAUCAGCCGUAUCACCACGCCCGGCGAGACAACCUUGUCUCCGCCAAUACCGACUUCGCCUACUCAAGACGAUCCGCGACGACGUCGUAGAACCUCUAUGCCCUUCGGCAUGGGCGGAGCGAAGGGCAAGGACGAGAAGGACGGAGACCGCAAGCGAGAUCGGCUGAAGGAGUUCUUCAAGUCGGCGCAGCAGUCAAUCACUUCGGCGUUGCCAGCGUCAGCAUCGUCGGCGCACCUCGCUCUCGACGCAUUGCCUCGCCUCUCGCAACCCCCCUCUCCACUGCCAACUUCCGCAACCUCGCCAACAGCGCCGAGCGGUCCUCAGCACGCACCAAUCGCCUCCCAACUCGCCCCCGCUCUCUCGCUUGUUCCCCCGCCUGCGCUGUCCCGCCCGAGCGGCUCGCAGCCCCGUCGUAAAGAGGGCUUCCUCUUCGCGACCGAGACUGGGCAGAAACAUACGCAGUCGGGCGAUGGCGGACGACCGUACCAGCGCUUCUGGGUCGUGCUUGGCGAAGGCCAGCUCACCGAGUACGACAAGUGGACGGAUGCGAUGCAGGUGCACGGCUCACCGAUCAACCUCCGUUACGCGACGGCGAGGAUCAGCAAGCAGGCGGGCGAACGAAGGUUCGCCUUCGAGGUCCUGACGCCCGAGCUGAGGCGAGUGUACCAGGCGUCGAGCGAGCAGGAGUGCCGGGACUGGGUCGAGGCGAUACAGCGGAGCGUCGAGGCGUUACUGAACGGCACCUCGUCCGUCCGCAACUUCGACGCCUCGCGGCUGCAAGGCAUGUCGAAGUCGCCGACGCUUCAGGACGUGCACGGCUUCGCCGAACCGCCUUCAUCGCCCAAGUCUCGCUUCCCCGCGCUCAUCUCGCGGCGAGCCUCGCUCGGCCAUCACCGCAAGUCGUCACACGGAUUGAGCAAGAAGGACAAGCGGCGGAGUCAGCAGUCACCGCCUAUACCGUCACUCACCAUCGGCGCGCCCGUCGACCGAUCCUUUUUCGAUGCCUCGUCGCGGAGAGGCCUGUUCGCCUUCUCCGAGAACGAUGCGGACGAGCCUCCCCCGCGCCUGUCGCUCAGCAACUCUCGUCCCGGCUUGAACGGUCUCGGAAUCCCUUUCCCUUCGUUCGGCAGCAGCGCGCAAGCAUCCAAGUCGUCGCCCGAACUGCCGCUUCAGCCCAAUCUUCGGAUCCUCUCGUCCGGCAGCCGCUCGAUCCCUUCCUCUUCGGCAGCAGAAGACGACGAGGACGACUCGGCGUCAAUGUUGUCGGCUCAGGACCGCGCCAUCUCGGAUGCCGUGCGCGGCUGGGCAGCUUCCGAGCCUGGUUCGCAGUCGCUUCGCUCGUCGACGCGCUCGGUCGACGAUGCAAAGUACCGGAACGCUCAGCGUGUCGCUGCACUCGCUGAAGAAGCCGGCAACAAUCUCUGCGCCGACUGCAGGGCACCGGAGCCAAAGUGGGCGAGCUGGAACCUGGGCAUCACGCUCUGCAUCAGCCUCGGCACGCACAUCUCGAAGGUCCGGUCGAUCGAGCUAGACGACUGGAGCGACGAGCAGCUCGCUCCGCUUACGGAGAUCGGCAACGUUCGCUCGAACGAGUUCUACGAGGCCAAGCUGCCGGCUGGCACGACCGCCGCUCUCGCAGAUUCAACAAUCGCCUCCUUUAUCCGGGAGAAAUAUGUCGACAAGCGCUGGGCAUCCGCGUCACCGCCCUCGAACGCUCGCGUCUCGCCCUAA